GUGUUCAGGGUCAGAGCUGCAACAGAGUGACUUACACCAAGAGGAGAAUCUGUGUCUUGAAGGGGUCAAUAGUGGACAUAUCCUGUACUUAUGUUGGUUAUUAUUCCACCACAUCAACAUUCUGGUUUAGAAGUGAUAAGUCGACACCUGAGGACCUAACCAGAGACCCAGGGUAUACAGGUCGUGUGAAGUACACUGGAACAAACAAAGGUCCCUUCACCCUGAGAAUCUCAGAUCUGAGAGAGGAGGACUCAGCUGAGUAUCGCUUCACUUUUAAAACAUACAACGUUGAAUGGGGUCAUAGUUUCCCUGGAACACCUCUGACUGUCACAGGUCUGCUGGUGAAGGUGACUCCUGCUGCAGAGGGACAGAAGACACUGACCUGUAUCACCACCUGUACUCUGAUUGACAACCCCACCUACAUCUGGUACAAGAACGGACAACGUCUCGAUGAGCCCACUUCCCAACAAUACUCUAGUAAUACACUAGUAGUGUUGGGUCAUUCUGCGGAUAGUUACUCCUGUUCUGUUGAAGGUCAUGAGACUCUCCACUCUCCUGCAGUGUAUGCUCCAAAGAACACCUCAGUGUCAGUCAGUCCCUCUGGUGAAAUAGUGGAGGGCAGUUCAGUGACUCUGACCUGCAGCAGUGAUGCCAACCCACCUGUGGACAAAUACACCUGGUACAAGAAGAAUGGAUCUUCACUGACAGGAUCUGAAAACACCUUCCUCAUCACCAACAUUAGCUCUGAGGACAGUGGAGAAUACUACUGUGAGGCUGAGAGUAUAUAUGGGAGUCUCAACUCUUCUUCUGUGUCUGUGGACAUUCAGUAUGGCCCAAAGAAUACCUCAGUGUCAGUCAGUCCCUCUGGUGAAAUAGUGGAGGGCAGUUCAGUGACUCUGACCUGCAGCAGUGAUGCCAACCCACCUGUGGACAAAUACACCUGGUACAAGAAGAAUUUAACCUCACCAAAAGCAUCAGGACAGAGUUACAGCAUCACUAACAUCAUCUCUGAGGACAGAGGAGAAUACUACUGUGAGGCUGAAAAUACAAUAGCAUCUAAGAACUCUACUACUCUGAAGAUCAUUGUAGCAGGGAAACAGACCUCAGUUAUGAAUGCAGCUGUAGGAAUCAUAGUGGUUGUUCUGGUUCUCAUCCUCUGUCUCUCUGGACUCAUGUGGUUCAGGAAGAAAGCCUCCAAUACCACCUCUCACACAAAAGGUACAGCAGACGAUGGACAGGGAGACUCUAGUCCAGUGUAUGACAACAUCUCAGGCAUGGCCAUGACCCCUACUGCAGCACAGACAGCUGACACAGACGACCAGGAUGAUGUUCACUACACCAGCGUCCACUUCUCUCGCUCCAAAAACCAGGAAGUGCCUCAGCCCCAGAAAGAGGAUGAGGAUGUCCAGUACGCUGCUCUGAAAUUCAACAUCCCAGUGCUGCCACCCGACCCGCAGCAGCACAAGGAGCUGAAGUAGAGCCCUCUGUCCUCUACAGUACAGUCAACAAAACCUUGAACCAAGAAAACCUGAACAAAACAAACCCAGAACCAAGAAGACAUGAACACAACAAACCCAAAACCAAGAAGACCUGAUCACAUCAAACCCAGAACCAAUAAGACCUGAACACAACAAGUUUGACAAAAACCUUCUAUAUCUGAAACCUUAUAUUCAAACUCAGUGAAAUAAGGCCUGAGGGAGUGUGGAAUAUUGGCCAUUAUAAACUGGGUGGUUCGAGCGCUGAAUGCUGAUUUGCUGAAAGGCGUGGUAUAUCAGACCGUAUAUACCAUGUGUAUGACAGAAAAUGAUUAUGUACUCGUCUAAUUACUUUGGUCACCAGUUUAUAGUAGCAGUAACGUUUUUGUGAGUCAUACCCGUGGUAUUUAGGCUGAUUUACAGUACACACUUCUGAAAUGCUGCUUCAGCCAGUCAGCUUCCAGGAACCAAACUACCUGGUUUAUAAUAGUAUGUAAUAAUAUAUGCCAUCUGGCAGGUACUUUUAUCCAAAGUCAUUCACUCAGUCAUUACAGUCAUGUGUGCAUAAAUCCUUCAUAUGGGAAGUCCCAGCAGGAAUGGAACCUGUGAGCCAUGCUCUACCAACUGAGCCACACAGGACUACUGUAUUCACACUUAGAGUAGGAGUUCUGAUCUAGGGUCAGUUAUGGCUUUCAGACAAUGAUGAAUAAGAAAGGGACCUUAACAUUUGAAUUGUUUUAUUUUAGUUGUUUUUAAGUUAAAAAAAAAUGUAAAUGUAAAUAUUUCUGAUUAUAAUAACUUUUGACAAAAUCUUUGAAUUUAUGAAGUAGCCAACCUCAAGGUCCAGUUAUAUUUUAUAAGGCUAUUUAUUUUUGAAUGUUAUGUUUCUGAAACAAUCAUCAAACUUGUGAGACUGUAUAUGAAGUCUAACAACAAUAGAUAUUGUGUUUCUAUUGUAUUGUAUUACUUCAUAUUCUUCUAUUAGAUGAUACAAUUGUAGAAGGUUGCUGGAUUUUUUUAUAUAUAGUUUUAAUUGUUUUUAUGACAAAGUUAUGGCAUGAUUUUGCUUCAAUGUCCAGGAAAGAGUUCUGCUUAAUGCAAUAUUUCUUAUCGCUUUUAUUUAAAAACAUUUUUGUAAACUAAUGUGUGAAGUGUGAAAUGUAUAAACAAAUACACUUUUAAGAAUAAACUUCAUUUACAUUGUU